AUGGCCUCCUCUCCGCCCUUCUUCUCUUCAAUCCUCAACAUUCCCAAUUCCAAAUUCUCGAACCCUGAUUUCGCCGCCAGAUUUUCGAUCACAAAGAAACAAUUUCCAGCUCCAAUCUCCACCGCCGGUAACUCUCCCUCCUCACUGUCCGCUCGAUGCGGUUCGGCCACCGUCACCAAUUCGCUGACCCUCGACCAUGGGAGCAUCAACGACGACGAGCUGAAAGUGGCGGAAUCCAAAUUAGGGUCGCAAGUUCGGGUCAAGGUGCCGCUGAAGGUGUACCACGUGCCCAAGGCGCCGGAGCUCGAUCUGAUGGGCAUGACCGGCGUGUUGAGGCAGUAUGUUGGGGUUUACAAGGGGAAAAAGAUAUCAGCUAACUUGCCCUACAAGGUGGAGUUCGUGUUGGACGGCGUCUUGGGGCGGGAUGGUAAGCCCGUGAAAUUCACUGCGCAUUUGAGGGAAAAUGAGUUUGAGUUUCUUGACUGA